UCCAAUGUGAUCAAAAUGCGACAGAAAGAAGCGCGCAAUCGCACGGAUCGCACUGAAGUGUAUGGCCCAUUCGUGAUUUUCCGGAACCUCCAGGGGCAUUAAUGCGAAUCCACAUCAUUAAUUCAAUGCGUUAAUAGUUUUCUACUUCUCGUUUUGCUUAAUCGAAGGUCUUGGACAGAGAAAAAAUAUUAAAGGGGGGAGAGAGAGAGAGAGAGAGAGAGAAGAGGGAGAGGAGUGAAAGUUCACGCACGCUGCUAUGUUGAUGGCGGUUAGGGUUUCCUGUUGAUCCCGCAAAACUUACUUCCUUUGCUGCAAUUGUUUUUUACUUUCAUCCUCCUUCUCCUCAAAACCCUAAUUCGAAGCCCCCCAAAAUUGAGUGUGCCCGUUGUUGCUUCAAUUUCGAGGAUUUGCGAUGGGAGCGCCGGAGAAAUCACAACCUAACACUAAUUCGAUGCAGCGUGUCAAGGUAUAUCGUCUGAAUGAUGAUGGGAAAUGGGAUGACCAGGGUACUGGACAUGUCUCUGUUGAUUAUUUAGAGCGAUCAGAAGAGCUGGGCUUAUUUGUUUAUGAUGAAGAGGAUAAUGAGAACAUACUUUUGCAUCGCAUCAGUUCUGAUGAUAUAUAUAGGAAACAAGAAGAUACAAUCAUCUCAUGGAGAGAUCCAGAAUAUGCUACAGAACUGGCACUUAGCUUUCAAGAGCCUAGUGGCUGCUCUUACAUAUGGGACAAUAUUUGCAAUGUCCAGAGGAAUAUGCAUUUUAAUACAUUAAAUAGUGAGCCAUUUCACAGUGUAAACAGUGAGCCAAGGGAGUUGCCUGCUGUUGAGCUAUCAACACUUCCUUUGAUUCUAAAGACUGUGGUUGACAGUGGCUUUGCAGAUCAGUUGCGGCUUACAGAACUAAUAUUAAGUGAUCAAGAGUUUUUUCGGAAGCUGAUGGAAGUAUUCAGAAUGUGUGAAGACUUGGAAAAUAUUGAUGGCCUUCACAUGAUUUUCAAAAUAGUCAAAGGGAUUGUUCUGCUAAAUAGUCCAGCGAUUUUUGAGAGAAUUUUUAGUGAUGACUUUAUAGUGGACAUUAUUGGUGCCUUCGAGUAUGAUCCAGAGGUUCCUUGUGUUCAACAUCAUCGUAAAUUCUUAAAGGAGCAUGUUGUUUUUAAGGAGGCGAUACCUAUAAAAGAUCCCGUUGUGUUGUCAAAGAUACAUCAGACAUAUAGAGUUGGUUUUUUGAAGGAUGUUGUUCUGGCGAGAGUCUUGGAUGAGGGUAUUGGUGCAAAUCUUAACUCCAUAAUACAUUCAAACAAUGCCCAUGUUGUCUCUUUGUUGAAGGAUGACAGUACAUUUAUCCAGGAGUUGUUUGCUAGGCUAAAAUCGCCCACCACCUCUCAAGAAUCAAAGAAGAACUUGGUUUAUUUCUUACACGAGUUUUGUAGUUUGAGCAAGAGCUUGCAGAUGGUCCAGCAGCUUCGGCUUUUUAGGGAACUAAUGAACGAAGGCAUCUUUGAUGUUGUCACCAAUGUUUUGCAAAGUCAAGACAAGAAGCUUGUGUUAACUGGAACAGAUAUCCUCAUUCUUUUCUUGAAUCAAGAUCCUAAUCUUCUGCGAUCCUAUUUUGUUCGACUGGAAGGAUUUGCUCUUCUAGGACUUUUGGUUAAAGGAAUGUUAACAGAUUUUGGAGAGAACAUGCACUGCCAGUUUCUUGAAAUUCUUCGCAAUUUAUUGGACUCAUGCACAUUGUCUGGACCACAGAGGGACACUAUUAUUGACAUAUUCUUUGAGAGGCAUUUGGGGCAAUUGAUUGAGGUUAUAACAGCAUCUUGUCCUUCAGAAAAUACUGCUGAUGCAAAUGGCAAAUCAAUAGGUCCUGGACGAAGAAUUCAGUGUCAGAGUGGAACAAAGCCGGAGAUACUAUCAAACAUAUGUGAAUUAUUAUGCUUUUGUGUCCUACAUCAUCCAUACAGAAUAAAGUGCAACUUUCUUCUUAAUAAUGUGAUUGAAAAAAUAUUGCUAUUGACACGGAGAGCAGAAAGAUACUUGGUUGUUGGUGCUGUCCGGUUCGUUCGAACUAUUCUCUCUCGCCAUGAUGAGCAUCUGAUAAAUUAUUUUGUUAGGAAUAAUGUUCUGAAGCCAAUUAUUGAUGUCUUUGUUUCUAAUGGCAAUCGCUACAAUCUGCUCCAUUCUGCUGUUCUGGAACUUUUUGAGUUUAUUCGGAAGGAAAAUCUGAAAUUAUUGCUGAGAUACAUAGUCGAUUCUUUUUGGGACCAGCUGGUGAAAUUUGAGAAUUUGGCUUCAAUUCACUCACUGAAAGUUAAAUAUGAGCAGUGUUUGGAUAAUGGUGGGACAAAUGAUGAUGCCACUACUGCAGUGGACCUUCGAAGAAGAAAUGAUGAGCGUGCUCUGGAGAGAGAAGAAGAACGGUACUUUAAUGAGGACAGUGACGAGGAGGAUACUGCUUCUGUUCCACGUAAUCUGAAAGGACACCAGCAACCUAAUCUAUCCAAUGGAGUUGCUGCAAGCUAUUCACAGUUAAGUCCAAGGUCGCUGGUUGAUUAUGAGGAUGAUGAGGAUGAUGAAGAUUACAAGCCACCGCCAAGGAAGCAGCCAGAAACUUCUGAGGAAGAUGACGGGAUAAUGGAGUCUCUUGGGCUGAAGAGGAAAUUACCUUCAAAAGAUAAGGAGCCUGAACUUGUGAAGAAACAGAAGUUAUCGAAGAAUUCUAAAUCUAAAGAUAGUGUUUUUGCUGCCUUGUGUUCAACAUUGAGCCAAGCUGUGCUACCCAGUAAGAAAACAUCAAUCAGCAUUCCUUCCUGUGCUCGAACAGAUGGGAGGAUGAGCUCAAGCGAAGAUAAUCAGGGGGAUGUACAAAAUAUUUCUAGAAGCAGCAGUUCCAAUAAUAGCAACAUUGCAGCAGAAGACAAUCACGUAGAGAAAGAAGGUGAAGCCUCUAGAAGCUUUUCUGAUUGCUUGCAUGCAAAAUCAGAUAGCAUACAAUUGGGUGGAGAAGAACGUCCAUUGGUUGCCCCAAAAUCCUCACCAGAGAUGGCUGUAAAUGGAUCUUAAGCUUUCAGAAUCAUAUGCAGGAAGACAGAUUAUUUGUUUUAUUUGACGUAUAGAUUUGCUGGUGGGUUAGUGGUUCUGACUACAUAAAUAGAGCUUUGAGACGAAGGAAAUUUACCUACAAGGGGGUAAAUUCUGCUUAUGCGUUGCAUCGAGGACGUGGGAAUACUGUACAGUGCCACUAAGAGGCGGGAAGAUAUUAUUAAUACAGCAACGUGGGUGGAUCUGGCUCCUAUUCUUCAGUUUGCUAUUUUGGGCUUGAGCUUAGUAUUUGUUUUUGUAUGACAUUCCUGAAAAAUAAUUCUGUGUUUUCCCCUGCUCCAAAAAUUUACCUCUUCCAGCUCAUUUAUUUGCAAAGUUUCCGCCAGAAUGUCCAAGUGCGGGUGAGGGGUUAUCAUUCAUGUUAUAUAAUAUUAUUUACCCUUCUCAGUAUUUGAACUUCGUGAUAGAGGGCGCCAAUAUCUUGCCCUACACAGGUUUUCCGUGUGUUUUUUCCCCCUUUCUUUUUUCGGUGGUGGGAUGUGUUGGUAGGAAAACGUGCAGUGAGUAUCUAAGGCCCAUUUUUCACUAAUGUAGGGAAUCAUCAGCCGUUGUAAAUCUGUAUUAAACUGUUGAGUAUUGCAAAGAACUCUUAUGCAGUUUUUCCAUACCGCAACUGUAUUCACAAUAUUGUUGUUUGUUA